AUGUAUCUUACAAUAGAUGGGUACGCCUCGAUAGGAUGGGAGAAGAACGCGUUGGGAUUCGAAGCCACCUUGUUCGAACUUUUGCGAGUGCGCUUUUAAUAACCAUUCGUCUUAAAAAUCCUUUUCUUUAGAAUUCUACGCACAGAAUUAUCGAUGCGAAUUGCCAGCAGUUCUUCGGCAUAACUCAGCAUCAGCUGACAGAACAGAUUUGCGAGAUAUACGCCAGGUAUAUUCAGGAGGACCUCAGAGAUAAUCCAUAUUAUGUGACCGACCCGUUGAUAAUGGCGUUGUAUAGCAACGACAGUUUAUGGGCGGCGCCACUUUACAAAGAUCUUUUGGAAAUGUUGCCGACAUCGACCACAGAGGCAACGCACAGUAACCCAAGGAAUCUCCCGCCCCGCAUCGGCACUUCGCCCACUGCCGCACAUUUUGGGCCAUAA